ACUAACUACCUAACAAACUAAGUUUUGCUGAAUGGAAUUGGAAAAUACGGUGAUGUUUGGGAGUGAUGGUAGUGCUCCAAGCGCAAGAGAUAGAGAGAGUGUUGUGGCUGUCCACAACGGUGUCGCAUCUCCGACAAGUACACUCGCUCCUUCUGAAAUCGUGCCUCAUCCGCCACCCUUUUCUGGUUUCCGUCUUCAUCUCCUGCGCGUCCUCCAUCUCCCUCCCUUACGCCCAUUUCUUCUUCCGCGCCCUCCCCGCCACUCCCCCACUCUUCACCUUCAACCUCCUCAUUAGGGCCUUCUCUCAAACCACCCCUCUCCACUCCCUCACCCUCUUUCGCCACCUGCACCAAACUCCCCCCUUUUCCCCUGACAACUUCACUUUCCCUCCCCUUCUCACUGCAUGCGGUCGCGCUUCCUCCCUUCCCCUUGGCGGUUCCAUCCAUUCUUUGAUCCUCAAGAUGGGUUUCACCUGUGAUCCAUAUAUCAACAACACCCUUUUCAAGAUGUAUGCUGACUGCGGCGCACUGGGGCUCGCCCGGAAGGUGUUCGAUGAAAUGCCCGUUAGAGAUGUUGUGUCUUGGAGCUCUAUGAUUUCUACGUGUGUUUCUCGGGGAUUUCCUUGCCAUGCAAUGACUGCGUUUUUCCAGAUGGGGAUGGAGAAUGUGAAGCCUAACUCCGUUACUUUGGUGAGCUUGCUUUCUGCUUGCACCAAAAUGCUCAACCUUGGUGCUGGAGCAUCAAUUCAUUCUCACAUUGUGAGGAAUCAAGUGGAAUUGGAUGUUGGUUUGGGCACUGCUUUGUUUGAGAUGUACGCAAAGUGUGGGCAGAUUGACAAAGCCCUCCAGGUUUUCGAUUCAAUGCAUGAGAAGAACCUCCAGUCUUGCACAAUUAUGAUAUCUGCUCUUGCAAAUCAUGGCCGCCAAAAGGAUGCUAUUUCGCUGUUCUCCCGGAUGGAAGAUAUGGGGUUGCAGCCAGAUAGUUUGUCUUUUUCUGCAAUUCUUUCUGCUUGCGGCCACAUGGGACUUGUUUCUGAGGGUAAAAUGUAUUUUGAUAGGAUGGUGAGAACGUAUAGCAUAAAGCCAACUGUUGAGCAUUAUGGAUGCAUGGUUGACUUGCUGGGAAGAGCUGGCUUGAUUGAGGAAGCUCAUGAUAUGAUCAAGAACAUGCCAAUGGAGCCGAAUGCUGUCAUAUUAAGGAGUUUUCUAGGUGCUUGCAGGAAUCUUGGGUGGGUUCCUAGUUUGGAUGGAAAGCUUUUGUCUAAAUUGGAGUCUGAAUUGGGAGCAAACUAUGUGCUUACUGCCAGUAUUUUUUCCACCUGUUCUUCCUGGAAGGAUGCCAAUGACUUGAGGUUAGCCAUGAAACACAGAGGGUUGAAGAAGACUCCUGGUUGUAGUUGGGUGGAGGUGCAAAAUUGAUUUCCAAUAUAUUUUGAGAAGAGGCUAAGUUUUGAUCCAGAGAAGCUUUUGUUUACCAAACAUAUUUGUACAUUCUUUCUUGUCUCGUUGCACUAUUGAUUGCAAUCAAAUGUACACAAACAGUGACUUUUACAGAUGCUAGGAGAUAGGAACACGGGAAAAUGAAAAUACAGAUGAAUUUUACUGAGGUUUCAACUCUUACUCCGUUUGGGAUUAUGGUUGAUCUUUCAAGUGCCUUCUUCAUGCUUAAGGAAAAAGUUUUGGCAUAUACAGAGAAAAAAUGGGAAGCAAUGCCGGCGAAGUUCUCUGACCUUAAUCCCAUUUUCCAAAAAUACCUGGAGUCACAGAGAGAGAGUAACAUGGGGUAUCCGCUUCGUGAGUAACUAGUAAGUCUUCACUGUAAAGAAGGACCCUUGACUUUUGAUAUCUGAAUCUCCAAUUUAAGGAAAAGUCUAGGACCAGCAAUUUUUGUAUUUUGUGGCCACUUAACCACGAAAAGAAAAAUAAAGUUGAUUGGCUUAUAUGGGCUUAUGGCGAAGGCUAUUAUUGACUCCAAUAACUCCAUCAUUCUGCAAACCAUGCACACCGCCACUCUGGUAUGCGGUUACCCUUACGGAAAAUAUCUCCUCUCUACUUUUAUCCAGAUCAAAUACCCUUCUUGACUAGUUGAACAUCCCAUGGUUCUGACAUUCGUAUUCUUGUAUUCACUGAGGUAACUUUAUUAGUUAUUACAUAUACUUGCUGCAUUGUAUUCACUGUCUAAGGUAGUUUUAUUAAACUUUUUGACAUCCUUACCAUGUUACUGUUUGAUUUUUUUUUUUUUUAAGUGACAUCCACACAUAAUAAAAAUUUGAAAAAUACUAUUUACAUAUCAAAUAUUCUUGACUUUCAUAUAAAAAUAAGAUUGUCAUUAAUUAAGUGUAUAUUUAAAUUAUUUUUUAAUUAAUAAAACAAAAAAAAUUAUCUUUAAUUGUUAAAAAAAUACUGAUGUCAAAAUAUUGUUUAUUAUAGAAGGGGUGUCAAUAACGAGAUUGUAAAAAUUUCUAGUCCUGUGCAUUUUAUAAUUUUCACAGUUAAAUCAAGGGUUAAAAUUAAAUAGUGAAGCUCCUGAUUUGUGUAUAUCACGUCAAAUAGUAAACGGCCCAUAUUAACCGGAUAUAGAAUUAACGAUCACAUAUUCACGUGCCUUCACAUGGGGGUGCAAAUGGAUUGACUAUUACCUAAUCAUGUACCCCAUAGAUUAAAAUGUGAUAAAAAGUUAAAACCCAUGACAGGAUCAGAGAUUCUCCUGGAUUUUUGAGCCCCUUUAUCCAUGUAUAUAAACUUGUUUUUUAUCUGAUUAUUAUUAACAUAAUGCUUCUUUCAGGAACCCCAGAAGAAAAGAAAAACGUAUUAGCACCCCAACAUUGUUUCUGUUGAUGAUGUCUUAAUAUAUAGUUAAUACCCUAGAUGCAUUAAUGUACUGAACUAAAAAACAAAUGGACAGCUGGCCUUGUACCUGGUGAUCUUCUGCCUUUGGAAAAAUAUAUGUCUAAUAACUAUUUUUUAUCUACUUGCUUGAAAUUUAUCUCUUGAGCAAAAGAAGUAUUAUGGUUUCCACUAUAGUUGGGUCCCAACAUUCCAUUCUAGACGAGAAAUGAUAAAUUUUAAGGACCAAAUGUUAAAUGGCCACAAAAAAUAAGUCAUUUUAUAUAUAUUUUUUACUUUGUACUUGUUCACACUCCAGUGCUCCACACUCAGAGAGUCAACAUAAACACUGUCUCCAACUAGUGAUUCCCACUUCCAUGGCUUAUUCAGUGAACAGAUCAAGUUCAGGUUUCAGCUUCUCAGAGCAUUGGCUCAUAGUAGUAGCAAGUGCUGUGAUUUGUGGAUUCUUGGGGUACAUAGUGUAUGAUGCAGUGAUGGCUACUGCAUCAGAGUUGCUGCAACGCUUGCUGGUAAUUUCUCCGUUGCU